AUGCCCCUGGGUCAGAGGAGUGAGCUCUGGAAGCUGGAGGAAGACCCAGGAGAGGCCCAGGGCCUGGUGAAUGCACAGCUGUCUGGGGCUGAAGAGGAGGAGAUCCAGUCUCCUUCCUCCUCUUCCUCCUCCUCUUCCUCCUAUCCCUCUUCUUCCUCCAAUACUAGUACUUCCUUCUCCUCUUCCCCUUCCUCCUCCUGCUCUGCCCUGUUCCUGAUUCCGGUGGACGACAGGUCUGAGGCUGGGUCCCUGAGCCCUCCUCAGAGCCUUCAGCAUGCCUGCCCCUCCCCCACUGCCAUGGCAACCACUGCUGGGAACCAGCCCGACCAGGGCUCCAGCAGCUCAGAUGAGGGCGGGUUGAGCACCUGGGAGGAGCUGGAAGUCACUCAGCUCUUUCUCCAGGAGAAACUCCACAUGAAAGUGGCUGACCUGGUGGAGUUCCUGCUCCUUAAGUUUCGCACCAAGCAGCCAACCAGCCAGGCGGAGAUGCUGGAGAUAGUCAGCAAGGAUUACCAGGAUUACUUCCCAGUGAUCCUGGGCCAGGCGUCCGAGUGCAUGCAGCUGGUGUUUGGCGUGGAUGUGAAGGAAGUGGACCCCAGCGAGCACUUCUACGUCCUGGUCACCAUCUUGGGCCUCACCUGCGAUGCGAUGCUGAGCGGUGAGCAGGGCCCGCCCAAGACCGGCCUCCUGGUGGUGCUCCUGGGGGUGAUCCUCCUGGAGGGCGACCGUGCCCGCGAGGAGGUGGUGUGGGAAGCGCUGGGGGUCAUGGGGGUGUAUGCCGGCGAGGAGCACAUCAUCUUUGGGGAGCCCCGGGAGCUCCUGACCAAUGUCUGGGUGCAGGAAGGGUACCUGGAGUACCGGCAGGUGCCCGGCAGUGACCCUGCCCGCUACGAGUUCCUGUGGGGUCCCAGGGCCCACGCGGAAACCUGCAGGUUGCAAGUGCUGGAGUAUUUGCUGCGGGUCAAUCGCGGGCUGCCGGUUUCCUCGUGGCCGUAUGAAGAGGCUGUGAGCCAUGAGGAAGAGGGGGCCUGA